AUGAUGCGCCUCAUGCUCAAGGCGCGCCAUCUCUGGGACGCAGUCGACCACGACCGCGUCGACGAGGACGACGACCUGAUGGCGCUGGAGGCCAUCUGCAAGGCGGUUCCUGCUGAGAUGCAGGAGACCAUGGCAAACAAGCCUAGCGCGAAGGCGGCCUGGGACAACCUCAAGACGGCCAACCUUGGCGUCGAGAGGGAUGGCGAAUCGAUCGAUGACUUCAGCGAGCGCAUCGGCAACGUGGUGCAGCAGCUGAGGACCCUCGGCGACGAGAUCGACGAGGGGGCGAUCAUCCACAAGUUCCUUCAAGCGUUGCCGCCGCGUCUCCAUCAAAUCGCCAUGUCGAUCGAGACUCUCCUCGAUGUGGAGGAGGUCCCAGUUGAAGAGCUGGCCCAUGCAGUCCAAGCCGAAGAAGAGCAGGAGCCCACGUUGUUGGUCGCCGCGGUGACGGCCCAGGCAGACUCCACUUCCCUUCCUCCUCCCGUCACGCCAGCGCCGGGGGCGACCGUCCACCUCAACGAGGACCAGCUCUUCGUCCAGCUCGGGGAGAAGAGUGACGGCGACACCACCCGGUGGAUCCUUGACACGGGAGCCACGAAUCACAUGACGAGCGCCAGAUCAGCCUUCGCGGAGCUCGACUUGGGUGUCCGCGGUUCUGUUCGAUUUGGGGACGGAUCUACUGUCAGCAUCGAGGGCCGCGGGAUGGUGCUCUUCAAGUGCAAGACCGGGGAGCACUAG